AUGGUUGCUCCUGUACACAUAGAGGCUACAGACCUCGAAAGUCAAGAGGUCGGCAUUUGCAAGCCCUCUGGAUAUGCAGCUUUUCCAGGUUCACAGAACUCAGGAAACAUCGAAUACCGUUAUCUGACUUUCGAUUCCGCUCUACCACUCAAUCCUAUUUUCCCACCGGAUUUGUCGAUUCAGAUACCUCCAUGUCCGAAUUUGAAGGACUACGAUAAUCCAUUCGCAUGGUCUCUCACCCGAAAGAAAUUGAUGACAUACCUGUCCUGCAGCGUAAACAUCACGGCAGCCUAUUCAGCCGGCAGCUAUGCUUCUCCAGCCUUGGAGCUUACCGAGAAGUGGGGGGUGUCGAAUGUUGCCUACAACGUCGGCAUCACUGUCUUCACACUCGGGUUUGGAGUCGCCCCCAUGGUCCUCGCGCCCUUUUCAGAGAUCAAUGGAAGGCGGCCAGUGUUCAUAGCAACAGGCAUUCUGUUUGUGAUUUGCCAACUUGGCUGUGCGCUCACAGAAUCUUAUGGUGGUAUGCUGGCCGCCAGGCUGUUCCUUGGUGUUGGUGGCUCAACCUUCUCGACUAUGGUAGGGGGGAUCUUGGCUGAUGUUUGGGAGACAGCUGAUAGAAAUACUCCUAUGGUCCUUUUUACCGGCGCUACACUGUUUGGCACAGGACUUGGGCCUCUCGUUUCAGGUGUGGUCGCUCAACGUUUAUCUUGGAGGUGGGUAUUCUACAUUCAAGUUAUCACUAGUGGCGUCCUGGUGUCUCUCGUAACGAUAUUCUUCAAGGAGACGCGCGGCAGCAUAAUUCUCAGCAGAAAAGCAAAACUACUGAAUAAGUGGUACGAGAAACUGGAGACUGCUGGAGCCCUCGGGGUUGAACACCACAUCGAAGCUGGAGGAAAAGGCCAAACUUGGCGCCGCAUACGUUGGAAGGUCAAGGCAGACGAGGAAAGGGCGUCACUCGCAAAGAUGAUAGCAGUCUCCCUCUAUCGCCCCAUCCAUAUGCUUUUCACCGAGGCUGUCGUUUUUUGGUUCUCGCUGUGGGUGGGUUUCGCCUGGGGUGUCCUCUAUCUACAGUUCGGAUCUGUGCCUCUCGUCUUUCAGGUCAACCAUGGCUUUACUUUGGAGCAGACUGGCUUCGUUUUUGCGUCAAUGUGUAUCUCAGCCAUACUCUCCACAUUUUUGAGUAUCUAUCAAGAGAAAUGGGCUGUGAAACACCAUCCCAUCAAAAUCAACGGAAGUCCAGAGGGCCGGCUCCUCUUCACUUGUGUCGAAUCUGCUCUUAUGCCCAUUGGCAUUUUUGUCUUCGGCUGGACUUGUUAUUCUUCUAUUCAUUGGAUAGUUCCAGCAAUAGGUGUUGGGAUAGCCACAAUGGGUAUCUUCAGUAUCUACCUGGCUUCUUUCAACUACACAGCCGAUGUCUACCACAUCUAUGCCAGUUCUGCCCUUGCAGGUACUGGUCUUAUUCGGAACAUCCUGGGCGGCUCUUUCACGCUUGUUACAGCAGAGAUGUUCCGCAAUAUGGGCUUUCAAGGAGCAUCGAGUUUACUUGGUGCCAUCGGUGCCAUUUUGACACUUGUCCCGUGGGCGCUUGCUUUCUACGGUCCAAGGAUUAGAGCAAGAAGCAAAAUUGCCAGUUCUUUGACAUAA